AUGUCGCACUCCAACCAAGUAAGGUACACCGCGCGCUCCAUCACUCCCCCCGCCGACAGGGACAGCGGUUCCAAGUCACCCCCGCCCAGGAGGCGCGCCGCUUCCAAGUCGCCUCCCCUGCCCCCUCCCCCCCCUUUUCCUCCCAAGGGGGUGCGCACCAUCUCGAGGUCGCCACCACCUACUAGUACAAGACGCAGCGUCUCGAGGUCCCCUCCGCCAAAGAGGCGUGGCAGGUCCAGGUCAAGGUCCAGGUCCAGGAACAGGAGCCGCUCCAGGAGCAGAGAUAAAGACGAUGUGAGGAAUCCUGGCAACAACCUCUAUGUCACUGGACUGUCCACACGGACGCAAGAAACUGACCUCGAGAAGUUCUUCAGUAAAGAGGGCAAGGUUAAAGACUGCCGUGUCGUUAUAGAUCCUCGUACGAAAGAAUCACGUGGCUUUGCGUUCGUCACCAUGGAGAAUGUUGAGGAUGCAAGGCGCUGCAUCAAGUACCUGCACCGUACUGUCCUUGAAGGCCGCCUCAUCAGUGUGGCAAAGGCAAAGAGAACUCGUGAGAGGACCCCUACCCCUGGAGAAUACUGUGGUCCGAGAGGCGGGCGCUCCCGAGUGGAACCGCGGAGGAGCCGUUCUCCACGCCGUUCCAGCAGGUCGUCAAGGGACCGCUCGAGGUCGCCCUCCACAAGGAGGGAUAGAGACAAGGACAGGAAGCGCGACUGA